GCCGCGCGUCACGCACUCGCCACCACCGUGUGCCCCGUCGCCGUCGCUGCCCGCCACAUCGUGCUCGCUGCCUGCCAUGUCGAGCUUCUUUGGGUCCUCGUCCAGCACCCCGUCUCCAGCCCCAGACAUGGCCUCCCGCAGACAGGCCUUCAUGGACACUUACCGCCAGGAAAUGGCCCUCACCAACGCCCAGGAGCUCAUGAACAAAUGCAACGAGAAAUGCUUUGCUAAGUGCGUCACCAAGCCGGGUGGCUCGCUCUCCGGCUCAGAACAAUCAUGUUUGAGCAACUGCCUGCAGCGCUACAUGGAAGCCUUCAACAUUGUCAGCAAGACAUACAUCGCUCGCGUCCAAAAAGAGCGCAUCUCGCCAGAACUCGCAUGAUACACAGUCUAGACACGCCGUUCAAGUACAUGUAUUCCCGCGUAGUGCGAUAAUGUCCAGCUGGCUCGCUUCUCACGAUGCUACGA